AUGGCUUCGUUGGCGGACAAGCUUUUGACGGUCACUUUGACAGCUGACCAGCUUGAAUCUGGGAAAGAAUGCUGCCGCAGCAUUCUUGAAGAGGUAAAGUAUCAGGAGGAUUUAGACUGGGUCGCUUGGCAAGCUGUGUGCCACAGCUUAGCGCUUGCCAGCCUUUCCUUGGACAACGAGAAGAAGCCUGAGGACUUUGCAGACGUGAGCAUUGACACCAUAGCUCCCCGCUUCCGAUAUGGCAAAUGGUCCAUAGAUAAUUUGGCCAACCAUCCGCGCUCAAACUUGCUAUGUGAGGAACUGAUGCUGCUCCGAUGGUGUCUCGCGAAGCUUCAGAACACCGAUGGAUUUGCUACAUCUGUGAUCUGGGAUGUUGAUGCUUUGGUGGCUGCCAUGUUGGCAGGAUACUUCCAGUCCCUGGCCCGGCAGUGGGUCCGGGUCUUCCUGGGCGCGGAGCGC